AUGGACGUAUUAGAUGAUAUUGAAGCCGCAUGCGUAAUUUAUGCAUUAUACGAGGAACACGAACUCAGCAAGAAACAGCAACGAAACAAAAUUAAAAGAAAAUAUUGGGUCCAUCCUUUAAAUUUAAAAAGACCAGAUAGUGGUCAGUUUCAAAUUACAUUUAUGACCCUUCGUAGCUACCCAGAAGAGUUUAUGAAAUAUUAUAGAAUGUCGAUACCAUCGUUUGAUGAGCUGAUAUCGCUGGUUAGACCAAAAUUGUCAAAACAGCACACUGGUUUGCGUGUGCCAAUAUCACCUGAAGAGCGUCUGACCGUGACACUGAGGUAUUUGGCAACUGGAACUAAUUUUUCUGCUCUCCAUUUUGAUUUUUUAAUGGGCGUUUCAACUAUUGGAAAAAUUGUACGUGAGACAUGUGAAGUAUUGUGGACAAUUCUUCACCCCAAAGAAAUGGUAGUGCCGACCAUGCAAGAUUGGUUAGACAUAGCAGAGGGGUUUUUUAGUAAAACUCAGUUCCCCAACUGUGUAGGGGCUGUAGACGGGAAACACAUCCGACUAGAAUGCCCCCCUAAAAGUGGUACUUUAUACUACAACUAUAAGCAUUUCUUCUCUAUAAUACUCAUGGCAAUCUGUGAUGCAAACUAUUGCUUCACGAUUAUAGAUGUGGGGUCAUAUGGCAAGGAGAGUGAUUGCAACAUUUUUAAGAAAUCGUCAUUUGGAAAAAAAUUAUACAAUGGUAAAGUCAAUUUUCCCCAACCUCAAUGUUUACCAGAAGAUGAUGGUGGUAUUCCUCAACCCUACGUAAUAGUAGGCGACGAAGCGUUUGCGCUUCAUAAAAACCUUUUACGCCCUUUCCCCGGAAGAAGCUUAAACAAUGAACGGCGUAUAUUCAACUAUCGUUUAUCAAGGGCGAGACAGAAUAUAGAAUGUACGUUCGGUAUUUUGUCUAACAAAUGGAGGGUUUUUCAUACAGCCUUAUUAGUAGAACCAGAUUUUGGAGUUGCUAUUACCAAAGCGUGUUGUGUUUUGCACAAUUUCGUUAGACGCAGAGAUGGAUUUUAUCCCGAAGAUACAAAGACUUGUGAUAUGGAGGAUGUAAAUCAAAAAAUAGGUGUUGGGAACUCGACAUCUGUUGCAAAAGACGUAAGAGAUUAUUUUGUCGAUUAUUUUAAUCAGCCAACUCAUGAACUAAGUUGGCAAAACAAGGUGAUAGGUAAUUAG